CAGUAAACACUUAACAUAACAAAUAACAAGCAAAUAGUGACCAAUCAUCUGCUAAUAGGUGCUUAUAAAGGCAAGAAGCUUGUGCUACGUACCGAGAAGGAAGGAGCAGCAAUUGACGAGUUUCGACUUUAUUUCCCACUAUAGCAGCGGAGCAGUGUGAAGGCGAGAAGAGUGAUCGAUGACUUUCUCCGGUGGCGGCAGAGAGCAGCAAAUGGGGCGAGAGCUAGGGCGGCAGGCGGUAGCAGAUGCGGCGAGAGCUAGGGCGGCAGGCGGCAGCAGAUGUUACUUCCCGUGUUUCUGAUUUUCUUGGACAAAACCGCCUAAGCUCGCCAAGGAACGCCCAGACACGCCUUCUCUCCACUAGGCGCAAACUAAGCGCUAUUCCAUACCUACUAAGCGCUACCAGCGCCUUUUACAACGCCUAUGGCCAAGUCAAGGCGAUCCUCCACCGCUUAGCGCCUAAUUGAGCCUAGGCGUGCGCCUAGGCGCGCCUUCUUGAACCCUGCAAAAUACUAUCAACCCUUUUAGUUUCUAAGUUGGGAUCGAGUUUAUUUUAGGUUGGGUUGGGUUGAUUUUGGUUUAGUUUAUUGACACUCUAAAACACAACACCAAACUGCGACCAAGUGUAAUCGCAGUCCGGAAAUGCAGUAAGUGGCAAGCUCUAUUUGUCAACCCGGGGCCUAGAUCUAUUGCCUACUCCAUGUUUAUUUAUUAUCUAUCAAACUAAGUCGAAUGAUUGUGGUUUUAAUUAAAAGCAGUAAGAAAGCAGGAAAUUGUUCGGUUUUCUAAAGCAAGGAAGGAGUCACUCGGGAAUGAGUCUCCCUAGCUUCUUAAUUAGGUCACAGUUGUAAUUACUUUUGGGUUGAUUAACUGUUGAUUAAACUGGGAAGAUCCGACAGUAGAUUGGAAUCUCUUAAGCUGACCAAGCCCUCUCAGUCAAACUACCCGGCAGACGACUAGUCGUCGCCGGGAUAGAAAGCUGAGGCUAUGAACACAGAACUCCACUACUGGAAUUGAAUUCCAAUGCAAAGCACAAAUCGGUUAACUCUUGUAUAACAAAUCUACCACUACCGAUUGAUGAGGCUCUAACAACCUAAUCAGAUUCUAUUUAUCUCAGGUUGCAGCAGAAAUCAAGAAAAGAUGAUCAGACUUCAAUUGACUCAAUGAAUCAUACAACAAUCGAUUAAAAUCAAUCAUUAUAACAAUCUCAAGUCAUUACAAUCAAGAUCCCUAACACAUGGAACUAGGGUUCUUCAUACCCAAGUGAGAGAGGGUUCUACUCCAUAGAGAGAGAGAGAGAGAGAGAGAGAGAGAGAGGAAAACAGAAAUCAGAGUAGUCAUACUCAUAAAGAUGAGGAAAAUCUGCUCUAGGAUGAUGAUCUUCACUCCUAUGAUGAUCUCCAAGCUCGAUUGAUGAACCCCAGCUCCAAAAUCACCUCUAGGAUGUGUUCUUCGCACUUUCUCUCUCUCGGGCUCUGUUUUUCGCUCAAAAACUCGAUUCCCUUUCCUUUGACUUGAAAUUGCCUCAAAAACCCGAUUCUGGGCAAAACACGGUCGAGGGCACGACCGUGUUUUUCUUUUGCUCGGCCGUGCCCUCGUCACGUCUCACGUGUUAAAAACAUUCCCGCGUCGGCCAAAACACGUUCGUGCCUAGAGAAUGACACGACUGUGUUUUGCUUCACUUCCGCCCGUGUUUUGGACUUCGCAGCAGCUCCCAAAAAUCAACCCUCGGCAUAAAUAACACGGUCUAAAACACGACCGUAUUUUUCUUUAGGCCAGCCCGUGUUUUGCUUCUUCAUCAAUUCAGCUCUCGCACUAAAAAAACACUGGCGUGCUCGUUCGUGUACACGACCAUGUUCUUCAGGCCUCCUUCCCGUGUUUUGCCCCCAGCUCGACCGAAUGACCUCCAAACGCCCCGAAUCUCAUGCUUAGCCUUUCCUUCGACGUCUGGGACCUGAAAUAUGACAAAGUAGCACAACCCCGCGUAAAAUGGCCAAAAAUACACGACUACGAGCCGCAAACGGAUAAGAACUAAGGGUGCAAACAUGUGCAAAUACAUCGUUAUCAUUUAUGGUAUGCGAGAUAUUUAAUAUAAUUUCCUAUGACAUAGCUAGGGGUGGAAAUCGGUACGGUAUCAGUAUCCCAAUACCAAAUAUGGAAAAUCCCAAAUACCAAAUUACACCCUAAAAUCAAUCUCAAUCCCUAAAUAAUUUCGAUAUCCCAAACCCAAACCCUAAAUAUUUCGGUAUCCCAAUCGGUAUUAUCGAAUACAAAAUUAAUUAUCUUUCAAAUUAAUUAAAUAUAUAAAUUUGAUUUUAUUGCUUAAUUUUGGGCAAAAGACUAAGCAAAGAGCCCUGAGUUUGCCUAAAGCUAGGAUAUGGAUAUAGAGAAUGAAGGAGAAGUGACAUCUCGAAUGCUUGUCAUUAGUAAUCUUUAAUUUGACAAAUUGAAGGUUGAGAGAUGACUAAUGCUCGUGUUUGCUUUUUUGGUGUUAUGAAAAUAACAAGAGAUUAGGUGAGAGACGAGAGUGACUUAAAUUGGAAAGUCAAAUUUGAGUUGGAUGGGGACUUCUAAGUUGUGAAAUAGUGGUGGAAUGAUCUAUGUAUAAAUAAUUGAUAUUCUUGGUGGUUGAGUGUCGUGUAGCAUGAAUGAGAGAGUCUAGUUGAGAGGAUUAAAUACAUAUUAGCUUAUAUUUCGGUAUUGAUCAGUAUUUCGGUAUAUACCGAUCCCAAUCCAGUAAUCUCUAAUAAUAUAUGACAAUUGAAAUUCAAUCCCAAUCUCAAUCCAAAGAAAUAAUAUGUGUAUUCGAUAAUAUCAAAUAUAGAUAAAUUCGGUACGAUAUUCGGUAUAUCCCAAAUACUUGUACCAAACUUUCAGCCUGGCUGUUGACAUGAUAAUUAUGGAUGAAAAGUGGAUGGAGAUUGACGGUUUGACUGAUUUGUUAGUUAGUGAAAACAUGAAUGACCAAUUUGUUAAAAUAUAAAAGUUAGUGACCGAAUUGCUAAUGACCUUUUAUUCCAUCAGAAUUUUUCCUUUUAUGCCUAUGGCAUAAUGUUUCCAUUUAUAAACCAUUGCCAAAUUCAGAAACGAUCGCAACCAUCCCAUAGCCAAAAAUGUCGAAAACAGAGCAACUGAACCCAACGCCCGCCGACGAACGAAUCAAGCAGUUGGUCUCAACGUUGCCCACAAAACCAGACUGCAAUUCCACCAACAAUCUUCUCUACCAAUACCAAGGAUUUUGGUACCACCAAUUUUACCUUGAACACCUAAUCGCAGCUCAAACCCACUUCACCCCUGAACCCAACACCACCAUCCUCUGCAGCUACCCGAAAACCGGCACCACAUGGCUCAAGGCCCUCUCUUUCGCCAUAAUCACAAGAACCCACUACACGCCCUCUCAAUCCCCUCUCCUCUCCCGUUUCCCCCACGAUUGCGUCCCUUUCUUCGAGCUCACCCCUUCGGCGGCUCGAAACAAGUCGCUCGUCGCGACCCACAUCCCCUGCACUUCCUUGCCGGCCGCCGCCGCGGCUUCCGGCUGCAAGCUUGCUUACAUCUGCCGAGAUCCCAAGGACGUGGUGGUUUCUCUGUGGCAGUUCCAGAGAAAACAGAAGAAGGAGGACGACGACGAUGGCGAUGCCGCCAUGGGGAUCGAAGAGGCUUUCGAGCAGUUCUGUGAAGGCAAUUCCGUUGCCGGGCCGUACUGGGACCAUGUUCUCGGGUACUGGAGGGCGAGUUUGGAGUUCCCUGAGAGGGUUUUGUUUGUGAGAUACGAGGAAUUGAAGAGGGAAACGGAGAGGUGCGUGAAAGCAUUGGCGGAUUUUUUGGGUUGUGGGUUUAGCUUGGAGGAAGAGAAACAGGGGAUUGUGCAGGGGAUUAUUGAUCUGUGCAGCAUAGAGAGCUUGAAGGGAUUGGAUGUGACCAAGAAUGGCCGUUUCGCUCCGACGGAGAGCAUGCCGUAUACUAUACAUAACAGAUCGUUUUACAGGAAGGGGGAGGUUGGGGAUUGGAGGAAUUUUUUAACAGAGGAGAUGGGAGCUCGUUUGGAUAAGAUUAUGGCGGAUCGGUUUGCUGGGUCUGGGUUGGAACUCUGGUUUUCUGCUUCAAAUUAAGAAACGACUAAUUGAGCUGUGUUGCGUUUUUCUCUGGGCAAUUUAUAUGUGAUAUCAUGGCAUUAUAUUGUUUGAUGAUGCUCUGAUCAUCUAUUUUGUGUUUGUUACUUUGUUUCCACUUAAUUCUGGACAAUUUGUACUAAACUGAAUGAUAUUUUUUUCUGAAAUUUGAGGGAAAACAUUAAUUAAUUAUUAUUAAAUUAAUUAAACUCUUACAAGAACAAGUUCGAAAACAUUGUUUCAUACCGUCACAUCAUCAAAAGUGACUAUUUCGAAAUUAAAGGAAUGUUUGGGUGCUUGUUUGGAAAUUUAGUAGAUGUUUUUUGAUUUGUUUUUUCUUUCUCUCUUCCUAGCCACACACUAUUCUUCUUUCUUUCUCUCCUUAACCGGGACGCAUUAAACACUGUUUCAUAGAGCCACAUCAUCAAAAGUGACUAUUUCGAAAUUAAAGGAAAGUUUGGGUGCUUGUUUGGAAAUUUAGUAGAUGCUUUUUGAUUUGUUUUUUCUUUCUCUCUUCCUAGCCACACAAGUAUUAUUCUCUCUUUCUCUCCUUAACGGGACGGGACGCGUUAGGAUGAUUACUCAAAAUUGAGUAAUCACCAUGGCUACUAAAAUCUAGACCCUUCAUUAUCUAUAUUUUACUCUAAUUUUAAAUUGACGGUGAAGAUUAGAGUAAGGGUAAUUUUGAGAAUAAAAAAAAUACCAUACCUGAUUUCUAUCCUUUAAAAAAUUAAUUUCUAUAUAUUAUACCUAAACCUACUCCAACCCUAUUCUAUAUCACCGUCAACACCUAUCAUUCCCUCUCACUGCCGGCAGCCACCCUCCCUCCGGCUACCCUCGCCCACCUUUGCGGGCAACCUCUCUCUCUCUCUCUCUCUCUCUCUCUCUCUCUCUCUCUCUCUCUCUCUCUCUCACAUAGAUGGCGGUAGAGGGGUUAGAUGGUGAUGCCGACAAUCUGCUCCGGCCUAGGCCAGCCUUCCCCCACCCUCUCUCUCCUAACCUCCUGAUCCCCCCUCUCUCUAUAUUUGCUUCGGCCAACCUUCCACAUGCCUGCUUGUGCCAGUUGAGGAUUGGUAUGUAUUUUUGAGGGAUUGGUAUAUAUAUUUGUUUUUUGUAUUGUUUUGUUUUGGUAUUGAUUUUUCGCAUUGGUAUUAUUUUGUCGCAAUUAUAUUGUUUUUAUCGUAUUGGUAUUGAUUCUGUCGCAAUGGUAUUAUUAUUGUCGCAAUGGUAUUGUUUUUGUCGCAUUGGUAUUGAUUUUGUCGCAAUGGUAUUAUUUUUAUCGCAUUGGUAUUGUUUUUGUCGCAUUGGUAUUGGUGUUUUUGUAGCAAUGGUAUUAUUUUUGUCGCAUUGGUAUUGAUUUUGUCGCAAUGGUAUUAUUUUUGUCGCAUUGGUAUUGGUGUUUUUGUGAAAUGGUAGUGUUUUCAUUUCUCGAAUGGUAUUGGUGUUUUGUGCAAUGGUAGUGUUUUGUAAUGGAUUAUUAUUGUUUUAUUGUUGCAGUGGUAUUAGUUCGACAAAACGAAAUCCAUAGAAAGAUUGAGAAAAAGAAGGAAGAGGCAUCCUGAAGAUUGUGGAAGUGAGAGAAAGAGAGAGAAAAUUAUAGUUAAUAUAAUUUUGUAAUUUCCUAAAAUGUAAUUUAUUAAAAAAGGUAAUUAAUAAAUUUUUUGUCAUACCCAAUCAAUCCUUAGUAACCAC